GAGUCGGCGUCUCCAAGGUGAACGCGGAAGUAAGCACGCCCCCAUGGAAUCGCUCCUGCAGCACUUUGAGCGCUUCUCCGAGGUGCUGGCGGUCUCCCGCACGACCCACGUCAGGACCUGGGACCCCGCGACAGUGCGCAGGGCCUUGCAGUGGGCUCGCUACCUGCGCCACGUCCAUAGGCGCUUUGGACGCCAUGCCCGCAUUCGCAUGGCUCUGGAACGGCGGUUGCAAAACCAGUGGAGACUGGAGGGCGGCUCUGGGUCCUCUCCAGUCCCCGGGUUGACGAACUUCCAGGCCUUGGAGCGCUGUGACCUCCUGCUGUCUCUGCGCCUGCUAGAGAACCGGGCCCUGGGGGAUGCCGCCUAUCACUACCUGCUGCAGGAGCUCUUUCCGGGCCCUGGCGUCCCGGACGCCGACCCGGAGACGCUCCAAGGCAGCCUGGCCCGCCUCGCCCGCUGCCGAUCCGCUGUCCACUUGCUGCGCCUCAGCGGCUACGGAGAGAACUCGGUGCUUGAGGAGGACUCAGUGCUGAAGACCCAGGCGGAGCUGCUGCUGGCGCGUCUGCGAGAGGUGCCGAAGGCCGAGGCCGAGGGCCCUAGCCGGUUUCUCAGCAUCCUGUGGGAGCGCUUGCCUCAGAACAACUUUCUGAAGGUGAUAGCGGCCGCGCUGUUGCUCCCCCCGUCGUCUCCCCGGCCCCAAGAAGAGGAGCUGGAACCGGGAACCCCCAAAACACUCGCAGACGGGGAUCAGGAGCUGGUCCGUUGGCUUUUGACGAAGUCGGAUGCCAUGGCCGCCUUUUGCCGUAACCUCCCAGCCGGGCUUUUAACUUCGGUGGCAGGCCGCCACCCAGAGCUCUCCCGGGUCUAUCUGGGUCUGCUCUUAGACUGGGCCCGACAUCUGCACUACGACCUUCAGAAAGGCAUUUGGAUUGGAACUGAGUUCCAACAUGUGCCCUGGGAGGAGUUGUAUGGCAAAUUUCAAAGCCUCUGUCAGGCCCCCCCACCUCUGAAAGAUGACGUUCUAGCUGCCCUGGAGUCCUGUAAGGCGAAGGAUGGAGAUUUUCAAGUCCGUGGUCUCAGCAUCUGGACAGACCUGUUGUUAGCUCUUGGGUGUGGGUCAUGAUAUUGCACUUAGGAAAAAAGAAGUUUUAGGUCUCAGACCGGGCCCCAGUUCACUUCGGCCCAUGUUUUGUUAUUACUUUAAUGUAUGGUUUACCAAAUUAAAAUUCCAGUGCUUGCACCAGAUCUGUACUUUCAUGUGUCCAAAAUAGUAUUUUAGGUGCUAAUUUGUAAUAGAUGGAAUUAUAAUUUAGAAUUACAAUUGUGCAAAGUAA